AUGGAGCAAAUAACUGGAUCAAUUAAUAAUGGGUUAAUAUAUCAACUUUCAAGGUACAAUAAAAGUGAAUAUUUAGAAAAUACUAUACAAUCAUCUGAUUUAGGAUUUUUAACAAUACAGGCUAGAUUUAAUAAUAAUAAUAUUUAUUGUUAUAGUAUAAUAAUUUAUAUAUUAUUUGAAAAUGGUUCAGAAAAAGAUUUAAUUUUAGAAAAAGAUAAUAUGGUUAGAGAGAUUAAAAGGAUGAAUCCUGAUAGUUUGUAUGGAGAGUUAGAAAUUGAUAAUAUAUUAUUUGGAACACAAAUUAGUUUAAAAUAUUUUUUAACACACACUUUAAAGCCACAUAUUGGCCCAAAAUGUAGUGGUAAUGAAAAUAAAAAUACACCACAUAACCAUCCAUUCUUUGAAACUGAUCAUCAACAUCAACAUAAUAAUAAUGAAAAAGAAGAAAUAAAAUCACAUAAUCAUUUUGAACCUGUUGAACCAAUAAAGAUUGCAAUUAUUGGAUCAGGUAUUGGAGGAUCAUCAUGUGCAUACUAUAUUAAUGAAGAAUCAUUAUCAGAUAGAAUUGAUAAACCAAUUGAAAUUACAGUUUUUGAAAAGGAAAAAAUUGGUGGUAGAACUAGAAAUAUCGAUAUUCAAGGUAAAUACACUGAAUUAGGUGGUAGUGUCGUUCACCCAUUAAAUGAAAAUAUAAUUGGAUUAAUAAAUAAACUUGGUUUAAAAAUUAAAAAAUCUGAAGAAGUUGAUAAUAAAAAUUUAGUAAUUUGGAAUGGUAAAGAAUUUGUUUUUUCACAACACCCAUAUACAAUAGUUAAUCAAUUAAAAAUGUUAUAUAAUUAUUUUAUGUCACCAAUUAAAUUUAAAAAUGCUAGAGAUGAUGUUAUAAAUAAAUUUUUAAAAGGUUAUAAUAAUAGUGAACCAUUUAAAAGUGUUGAAGAAUUUUAUAAAAAUUUAGGUUUAUUAGAAGUUACUAAAUCAACAGCAAAAGAACAUUUUUGUGAUAAGUUAGGAAUUUCAACUGAAUUUGUUGAAGAUAUUUUAUCGGCUGGUAUGAGAGUAAAUUAUAAUCAAGAUUAUGAUAAUUUAUCAGCAUUUGCUGCAUUCAUUGGUUUGGCAGGUACUGAUGAUGGUUUAUUCUCUGUUCAAGGUGGUAAUUAUCAAAUAUCUGAGGCAUUAUUAAAUAAUACAAAAUCAAAAGUUUUAUCAACUCAUGAAGUUAUUGAAAUUGAAAAAGUUUUAAUUGAUCAUGAUGAUGAUGAUAAUGAUGAUGAAAAAAAUAAAAAAAUUAUUUAUAAAAUUACAUCAAAAGAUUUAUCAAAUAAUAAUCAAAUAUCAAUCGAGGAAUUUGAUAUUGUUGUAAUUUCAACACCUAUUGAAUUCUCAAAUAUUAAAUUCACAGGUUUACCAUUCACUCAUGAAACAAUACCAAAAAAAGAUUAUAAAAAAGUUCAUGUUCAUUUAAUUGCUGCAAAUUCAAUCAAUGCUGAAUAUUUUGGUUAUCCAAAAGAUCAUCCAAUUGAUUGUAUUUUAACUUCUUUUAAUAAAUCUUUACCAUUCUUUAGUCUUUGUGAAAAUUCAAGGGGUAAACUUGAUGAUGGAAGACAAGUUUUUAAAAUAUUUGCUCCAAAGAAAUUAGAUUCAAAAUUAAUUGAUAAAUUCUUUAUUAAACCUGAAUUAUUACAUUAUCAUGUUUGGAGUGCAUAUCCAGUAUUGACACCAGCUCAAAAAUUCCCACCAAUCAUUAUAGAUCAAGGUUUAUUCUAUAAUAAUGCUUUCGAACAUUCUGUAUCUACUAUUGAAACAACAACUAUAUCUUCAAAAAAUACUGCUAGACUAAUUACAAAUUAUUUAAAAAAUAAAUAA